GCAAGAAUCUGUAAUAGAAAUGAAAACAAGUAGUCUGAAUGCUUUUCAACAAAACUACUGUGAAAUCUGAAUCUGAAUAAUUAAAUAUAUAAAUCAUGUGUCCAUUCUGAUUGAUUGUGCACCUUAUGUCUCAGAUAGAUGUUCAGUCCAGUUGCAGUUAAAUCCAGGUGUAGAAAUAACUUUAUAGAAUUGCCAUGCAUGUCUUAAUGGGAACACAAAUGUGGUUAAAAGGAUGUGUGGGAUAUUUUCAUGGCAUUUCUCUCAGGAUUUCUAAAUAGUCCCAGGAGUGGGUACACAGAAGUCUUUCCACAGACACAUCCAGAUGUAUGAGUGUUUUUCCCAGUGAUGCUGAACAGAUGGCAUUCAAACGCUUGAGUACCUGAAUUACUCUGACCUAUAAAAGAUAAAGCUGUUUCUUCUGUUGCCUGAAGAUCUAAUCUUGCUUCUUACGGUAUUCCAUACUUUAUUUUUGUCACUCACUGUGUACAGUUAAUACACACUGUACAAAAUGGGUAGUUGUUGGGUAGUUGACCAAUAACAUGGCCAUGAACGUUUUUUUUUUUUUACGUCAAAAUUUAGGUUUUAAAAUUUCAGAGUGACUAUUGCACUAGUUGUAAAUAGCACCUAUCACACAUCACAGAUGCUUGCACUCAAAUAGACUGGUGGAAACAGUAAUUGAAUACAGACUACAACCUUAUCACUGCAGUGGUGCGGGUUGUUACGCCGGUGUAGGUGUGCUUUUUUUUUUUUUUUUUUUUUCGUGCGGACAACACAGGUUCGAAUCCGGCUUUUGUCCCACUUUUCCCCAACUUGUUUCCACUAUUAAUAUUUCCUUUAAUACUACUUAAAAUAAUACAUAAAAAUGAAUAUAAAUGUUGAUUUUCUUGCAGUGAUUUGGUCACAGUGAAGUUAAGUUAGCUGAGAGAAAGGUCUGAUCCUGGUUAAAAUAACCAUGUUUUUACUAUAGUACUUAAUAUUUUUGCAAUUUUUCUUUUUUCUUUUUUUUUUUUUUUUCUUUUUUGGUGGUAGCCAUACUUUUAAUGCAAUUAAAUAUGGUGUUACUACAGUAAUAUGCUGUUAAUAUAUAACCAUGUUUAAUUUUGUGGUUACAAUGAUUUUACUAUACCAAGGUGAUAUUAUGGUUAUUGUGAUAAAACCAUGGUUAAUUUUUGUAAGGGAAGGUUAGGUUUACUUAUUGUAAAUAGCGUCUAUGGCUAUUUGCACUAAAUGCAAAUAGCCUCUGCCUUAAAAUGUAUAUGAGUGCAUAAGGCAAAGUGUAUGUUAGGUGCUGUAACUGGUCAUGUUUUUUCAUCAUUCUAAUCGCCUUUUUUUUUUUUUUUUUUUUUUUUUUUUUUUUUCAGUUUAAACAAUCCAAUGGUGUGACUGUGACAUGUACAAAUAUUCCAUGGAGUUUCUCAAUUUAUCUGAGGUCAAAAAACUGCAUUUAUUAUAAUUAUACAUGAUUAGAACAUUGUUGGUUAAAAUAGUUUGAGAUGAAGUCACACUUCAGGAUACUGCUGCCACAUCUUCGUUUUCAUCUUUAUCUUUUUUUUCCUUGAGCAAUAACAGUGGACAUGUGUAGUUGCUUUUAUUUGUAGUCAAGACUUUAAAGUAUUUGCCUAUACAGAAACUGACUUUCAAAAAUAUAAAUCUACCCUGAGAAAUAGCCUUUUCGCUGGAGUAAGAUCUGUGACAUCUCGCCCCUAUGUCGUCUGAAACGGAACAUACAGUAACAGCUAAAAAGACUCAUUGAGAUGCACUGCUCAAUAGGGGAGGAGUUCUGCAAUUUCUCGACCUCCAGUGAAGUAUUUGCCUAUAAAUUGGAGCAAAUGCGGUUGGCAAAACAGAACAUCAUUCUUCCAGUCAGAGGCGGGGCCAACCGAACCGAGAAACGCUCAGUUCAUCUUUAUUUUCACACGGGUAAAGAGAGGCGCUAGGAUCAGUGGUGUCCGCUUGCUCACUGGACAUAGUGCCAAAGAAAGAAAGAACGGGUAUGAAAAGAGUGAGUGAAAAGGAAAUUGAGAGCCUAAAAGAACACAUUGGGAAAAUUUAUUUGUAUUGACCACUAUGGCCGUUCCUGCGACUCUUCCGGUUCACUCCGGCACUUCUGCGGUGUCCGGUAAACUCUUCAGGACAGACCCGUUCUACACGAGUCCCGCUGACUCGCCGCGACUGAUAAACUCCCUGAACGAGACGCUUCUGAGCGGCGCGGCGACCAACGAAUGCAAAAUCGUGGAGGUGCACGGGGUGAAAGUUGCUUCUUUUAACGUCGAUGGACAGGAGCUCAUUUGUCUACCGCAAGUCUUCGACCUUUUUUUAAAGCACCUCGUCGGCGGACUGCACACCGUGUACACGAAACUCAAGCGUUUGGAUAUUAACCCGGUGGUGUGCACUGUGGAGCAGGUGCGCGUGUUGCGCGGACUCGGUGCCAUCCAACCCGGAGUGAACCGCUGCAAACUCAUUUCGAGAGAGGAUUUUGAGGCGCUGUACAACGACUGUACCAAUGCAAGCUCACGUCCUGGCCGCCCACCUAAGCGCUCCUAUGUGGCCAGUGUGCAGGAAGGCCCCAGAAUCCUCCACCAUAGAGCAAACAGCCUGCUGUCUCCAGCCCUGCUGUCACCCACAGCAGGCCUGACAACAGCAGCGGUGGCUGAAGCAUUGAAGAUCCAAAAGAUAAAGAGGAUGAUGAAUUUCCACAAGAACCACAACGGCUCAGAAUUCGAUUCAGAUGAGCUUAAUUCUACUACAGGACAUAGUGAUUUGUCCUGGGAGAAAGGGAAACAUCCAUCUCUUGCUUCAGAGAAAACACAGCACAGCAUGACCAACUCUCAGCUCAACUCUCUCCAACACACCCAUCUACUGGCCAACAGACUGGACCUGCCCUUCAUGAUGGUGCCACAUCCCCUGCUUCCUGUUGGACUUCCUUCUGCCUCAGUUGCUAUGGCAAUGAACCAGAUGAGCCACCUUAAUACAAUUGCCAACAUGGUUGCCAGUGCACAGGUGCACAGCCCUAUCUGCAGGCCGACAUCUGUCAUCAAACAGGAGCGUUUUGAAGAUAGUCCGUCUCUGACACCAUCUGUAGAGGGGACAGUUCCUCAGAAAACAGAGCCGUCACCUCAACAUACCAGUUCAGUUUCCAGCAGUCCCACGCACCCUCACACACACUCUCCACAAAAAGCAGCUCAUGAUGUUCACGAUGAACAGAGGGAGACAGAUUCAACUCUGCAUAUGAACAGGCUUUCCACUGACAGGGUUGAGCAGCAUACGGUGAAGCCAACAAUAUUUGAGAAGAUACCCCCUCAGACGUUUCCCCCGGGAUUCCCUGCUUCCCUACUAUUCACAGAUGGCCUCUCCUCUGUAGAGACACUACUUACCAAUGUCCAGGGUCUGCUGAAGGUGGCUUUGGAGAACACUCGUGUGCAGGAGAAGCAGCUUCAGCAGGAGAGGAGAGAGCUGAAGAUGGAGCUGUAUAGAGAGAGAGAGAUGAGAGAGAGUCUAGAGCGACAGCUCACCUUUGAGUUGCACAGUCGAGCCACCAUUCAAAGACGUCUGAAGAAGGAGAAGAAGGCAAAGAGGAGGUUGCAGGAGGCUCUGGAAUAUGAGUCCAAGAGGAGAGGGCAAAUCGAGCAGGCCUUACAGCAGGCCACCUCUUCAGACUCUCUCACACAUGAUCCAAUCAGUCUGGACAUGGACAUAGAGCACUGCAGAAGCCCGGAGGACAAUUGCAUGUUACAAGAAAGCAGAACAUACACAAAGAACCCAAUAAUGUACUAAGAAGAGGCCAACUAAAGGCAAGCCUGUUCCCCACAUUGUGGAUAAAACCUACACAAAAAACAACAAAACAAUAAACUUUCCUAAUCCAGAUUCCAGUAAGGACUUUUUAAAUAAUGGAGAUGUUGAAGAGGAUCUGAUCAUUAAUUGCAAGUAUCAUUCCCAUCCUCUGAAACUCACAGCAUUCCUGAAUCCUCAAUUGUUGUUAUAUCUACAUAGACUUUACAUAAUUCCCUGUUUAACCCUUGUGUGUCAAUAAAAAAAGUUUAUUAAAAGUCAGAGGUUUUUAGAGGACAAAAAUAUCUGCAUCAAAAAACUGCCAUAAUAAUAAUAUAUAUUAAUAUUAUUUUCCACUUUCAAUGAGUAAAUUUUUGUAACCAACACCAGUCCUGAUCAUAACUACCAAAUAUUUAUUCAUUUUCAGGAUUUUAACCCUUUAAAUGCCAGUUUGUUUAUAUAAUGCCACUGUUGUUUUUAUGAAAAAAAUAUUUUCCAUAUACUAAAUGCUAAGGGGAAUUUUUUUUUAUUAUUAUUAUUAUCACAGUCUGGGAUAUGUCAAUGAUUAGCAACAACAUUGAUUUUGAUGCAUUAUUAUUUUUUGUGUAGAGUCAGAUUAAAAAAAAACAAAAACAACAAAAAACACUCAGGACCUUAGAGGACAAAAAUGAUUGUGUCAAGUAAAAAUAUUAUAUAUUAAUAUUAUUUUCCACUUUCACUGACUUAGAUUUUUUUAACCAACAUCAGUCCUGAUCAUAACUACAAAAUAUUCAUUCAUUUUCACUAUUUUAACCCUUUAAAUGCCAGUUUGUUUACAUAAUGCCACUGUUAUUAUUUUUUACACACACACACACACACACACACACACACACACACACACUUCUCAAUACACACAUACAAAACACACUCUGACAUCCAUACCAACACACCCACACAAUGUUAGCUGCAUCAUUAAUUCAAUUGGCCUGCAGUGCUGUAUAAUAUAGCAAACAGAAAAUAGGAAAAAAGUAUGUAUAUGCUCCAUAGGCUAAACAUGGGCACCAUCUGGUGGAAAAAAUUUAAAUGUUUAAUUCUGAAGCCAGGGCUCUGGAAUGAAAGCAUAAUAUCAUAGAAUUCAUGAUUUUAUGCUUUAAUGGCACUGAGAUCAAAUAUUGCAGUUUUAAUGGGUUUCAGUGGGGACAUUUUUGUCCUUAAGGUCCUGAGUGUAACUAUUUUGUGUACACAGUGUAUUAUAGAUGUAUUAUAGGAACGGAGGUUGAAAUAUCAAAAUUCCCCCAAAAAUACACACCUUUGGCUACAUUUAUGCUGUUGGCAUUAACACAGCCAAAAUGAUUGAAAAAACAAAAAUGAAAAGACAAAAAUGUCCCGGAGGUCGCACAAGGGUUAAGCUCACUUGAUGUAUGGAGAGCAGUAAUGCCUUCCUGUUAUUUAAUUGGAAGCAUCUACUGAAAUGGAUUCUGCCGUCACUUUAAGGACAGUGACCUACAGUUCCAUGUGCUCAAGAUGAAAUGAUGAAAAUGUAAAAAAAAAAAAAAUGUGACAAGAGAGGGAGUUUGCAUCUGGCUUUCAGAGAAGACCACUUUAGUGUUUUUAAUUCUUCUUGUUUGAAAGUUUCGAAAAGAAGCAUGUGAGAACGUUACGUUUUGUUGCUUUUCUGUUUUAUGUCCAUGUUAUGGUUUUUCUAUCCAUUUCUUUGUAGGUCUGAUUAGCUUCCUGAUUCUUUGUUGACGUACAAAAAAGUCGAAGAGUCAUAACUGUUUCUUCAGUUUGAGCAUUUAUUUUUUUGACUGUAUGUGAUAGUUUCCAGUUUUCAUGAACUUGCAUUAUUUAAUUAGCUUUCAAUCUGAAGGAAAAGCUACUGAAUCCCACUCCAAUAAUUUAAUGUACUCACUGUAUUCUGUAUUUUGAAAAGUUCUGUUUAAAUCUUUCUUAAAGUCAACAUGAAAUCAAAAU